AUGCUGCUUAAAGGUCUCGACUAUCUUCACGACACAUGCCGUGUUAUCCAUACCGACCUCAAGCCCGACAACAUUCUAGUUAGGCUUGAAGACAAGUCUAUACUAGAAAGAUCUGCCCUGGACGAAUUUGAGAACCCACUUCCGCAGAAGCGACGUGACGAUCGAACGAUCUAUCUGUCCCGCAACGAUUACGGACAACCGAAGUCGAUCCCGGGAAUAGUCUCAAUCACGGACUUUGGAUUCUCCACUGAGGGGAACGGUCUUCAUUAUGGUUGCAUCCAAGCCGAACCCUACCGAGCACCCGAAGUUGUUCUUGAUGCUGGCUGGACGUACAGCGCUGAUAUAUGGAGUUUGGGUGUCAUGUUAUGGGACUUGAUAGAGAACAAGGCCCUUUUCGAAGCUGUCGACCCGUUGAAAACCAAGUACGAUGACAAAGCUCAUCUUGCGCACAUCACUGCGCUCUUAGGCCCGCCGCCAAAAGAACUUCUCGCCAAGGGAAAGAGGACUUCGUUGUUUUAUGAUUUUGAAGCGAAGCUCAAGCCCCCAGUGGACAUUCCGGCAGACUUUAGUCUGGAGAAUUCCCUCAGCAAGAUCAACGGGGAGGAUAAAAGGAUGUUCCUUGACUUUGUACGCAAGAUGCUCAAAUGGCGACCAGAGGAUCGAAGCAUGGCGAAGGACCUGCUCAAGGAUCCAUGGCUGUGUGCGGACUUCCCGGAGGAAAACACGUGA